AUGACUCAAGUAAUUGUUGUGGGUGGUGGUCUUUCGGGUUUAUCUGCUGCUCAUACUGUUAUAGAGCAUGGCGGUAACGUUCUUAUUCUUGACAAAAAUGCCUUUUUCGGUGGUAACUCUACUAAAGCCACUUCUGGUAUUAAUGGUGCUUUAACUAGAACUCAGAUAUCAAAAGGUAUUAAGGAUUCAGCCGAGAUUUUUGCUGCAGACACAACUCGCUCUGCACGUAAUUUAGCAAGACCUGAACUAAUUAAUGUUCUUACCGGAAACUCUGCUCCUGCUGUUGAAUGGCUUCAAAAUAAGUUCAAAUUAGAUCUUUCCCUUGUAUCAAGGUUGGGUGGGCAUUCUGAACCACGUACACAUCGUGGUAAAGAAAUGUUCCCUGGUAUGACUAUAACAUAUGCAUUAAUGCAAGGAAUUGAACAAAUUGCCAAGGAACAACCUAAUCGUUGCAAAAUUAUCAUGAAGGCCCGCGCAACAAAAUUAAUCAAAGAAGGUGAUAGUGUCAUUGGUGUCGAAUAUGAAAAGGAUGGCAAAACCUUCAAGGAACAUGGUCCUGUAGUUUUGGCAACCGGUGGCUAUGCUGCUGAUUUUAGUGAUGAUUCUUUACUCAAGAAAUAUCGUCCAGACAUAUACAAUUUACCUACCACAAAUGGUGAUCAUUGUACAGGUGAUGGUCUCAAAAUGGUUCUUGCAAUCGGUGGAAAAGGAAUCGAUCUUGAAAAGGUUCAAGUACAUCCUACUGGUCUAGUAGAUCCAAAUGAACCAGAUGCAAAAAUUAAAUUUUUGGCGGCCGAAGCACUUCGUGGUGUCGGUGGUUUGUUGUUGAAUGCCGAUGGAAAACGAUUUUGUGACGAGUUGGGUCAUCGUGAUUAUGUUACUGGUGAAAUUUGGAAAACUAAGGGUCCAGUUCGUCUCGUGCUCAACAGCAAAGCCUCAAAAGAAAUAGAAUGGCAUUGUAAACAUUAUAGUGGUCGUGGUUUAAUGAAAAAAUUUAAUACUGCUGAGGAUUUGGCAAAAGAAAUGCAUAUCACAGUAUCACAAUUAAAAGCCACCUUUGAUGAUUAUAACAGUAUUGCUUCUGGAAAUAAGAAGGAUCCUUAUGGCAAAAAAUUCUUUCAUAAUGUUCCAUUUACUACAAAUGAUUCAUUCCAUGUAUCAAUAAUGAGUCCUGUAUUACAUUAUACUAUGGGUGGUGUUGAAAUUGAUGGUGCUUCUCAAGUUAAAGAUGUGCAAGGAAAAACCAUUCCGGGUCUUUAUGUUUCUGGUGAAUUGGCCGGUGGUAUACAUGGUGCUAACAGAUUAGGUGGUUCCUCACUCUUGGAUUGCGUAGUUUUUGGUCGUGUUGCUGGUGAUUCAGCUUCAAGUUAUCUCUUCCAAAAUUUAUCUUCCCAAACUGCCAAUCGUCGUCUUGGACAACUUGCGGGUCAAUUGGCACCAUAUCAGACAAGUCUUACCGUAGAUCCCGCAAGACAAUUAAUAAAUUUACAAAUUUCUUGGGCUCAGCAAGAAACCCCUAGUACUACAACACCUGCUCAAUCGUCACCUGCUGCUGCCCCAGCUGCAGAACCAAAACAACCAGAAGCUCCAAAAGAAUUGAAAGCGUAUACAUUAAGCGAGGUUGCGAAACACAAUACUGAAGACGACUGUUGGGUAUGA